AUGGGCGACGGAGGCGGUAGCGUAAUCAUUCAGAGAUGUUUGUUGAUAGCGUUGGUGCUGCAGUUCGGUUGUAAUGUACGCCAAUGCUGGGCCACAGCCAUCACCUCCGAUACGGCCAUCGAUUUUGGCGGUGUCGAUCUGCCGUUCAUGGCCACAGCAUUUGUGCAGACCGGCAAUGAGUUGCAUUAUUUCUCGGAUAUCGAGUACCAUGAAACGCUGGUCAGUGGUGCACCGGUGAAGAGGUAUCAUCUCUUUUUUGGGGCAUAUUUUUUGAGGCAUUUUCAGAUAUUUUGA